ACAUGUCUAAGCAAUUGAUGGUUUGUUUGGUUCUGGUAGCGGUUUUGGGAGACCAAUUCAUGCAAAUUGAAUGUGCUGGUGGAUUGCUUGACAAAGCAAAGGGAGCCAUAACAAAAGCAAUCAAAAAAGGAGAAAGCAGCCGAACAGCUCUACAUGUCGCUGCUGUGAAUGAUAACUUGAAGGACGUUGAAAAUCUCCUCAAGAAAGGAGCCAAAGUUGAUUCGAGAGACGAAGAACAGCGUACACCUCUUCAUUUGGCUGCCAUGAAUGGAUACAAGGAUGUCACUGAAAUGCUUAUCACGAAAAGAGCCAAAGUUGAUGUCACGGACGAUUUUGAUCGGACACCUCUUCAUUAUGCUGCCAUAAAUGGAUACAAGGAUAUCGCUGAAAUGCUCAUCACGAAAGGAGCCAAAGUUGAUUUACAGGACUCCCAUGAUCGGACACCUCUUCAUCAUGCUGUUAUGAAUAGUAAUUUUGAAUAUUUUCACUUAAUGAGAGAAAGACUUGAUUAA